AUGAAUAAAGUUGAUGCAGAAAUUCAUUCUGAGGAGUUUAUAAUUGGAGAAGUCGACAAACACAAUAUCAGUGCAUCCAAUUUAAUAUUUUAUAACGUCCCAAAGUCCAACUCAGAUAACGAAUUUGACCGAGUUACACAUGACAUUAAUCUAGUGAAUAAAAUUAUCCAUUCAAUUGUUAGUAGUAACAGUGUUACACCUUUUAAAAUUAUUCGUCUUGGUGUUCGUUCUCAAAAUAAUCAUCGUCCAAUUAAGACUAUAUUUAAUACGCCAGAUCAUGUAUUUGAAAUAUUGCCAAUCAAAAAAAAAUGUCUAUUACAACCACCUUCCACUAUUGGUAUCAGUUCAGAUCGCGCUAUUCAUCAGAGUAAAUGUAUGAAGAAACUUCAUGAUGAAUUAGUCUCGUAAAAUAAAUGGGGAAAAUGAUUUAAUCAUUAAAUACAUAAAAGGGACUCUAAUCAUUGUAUCCAAGAAUACCCGUAGGUACCGGAAAUUUUUUAUAAUUAAUAUUUUUUACCAAAAUGUUCGUUGUCUUUUAAUAAACAUCCAUCCGCAACUGAAAGAUAAAAGCUUAAACUUUUUUGAAAUACACAAAGAAGUACAAAAAACUGGUGUGGCUACUUUACACAAAUAUGUGAAAACAGAUAAUAAAAACGCAACAGAAGCAUCAUUCCUGCUAAGUUACAGAAUCACUCAUGAUGGUAAACCACACACAAUUGUAGAAGGUUUAACUAAACCAUGUAUGACAGAAAUUGUCAGCUGCGUACUCGUUGAAGAUGCAGUAAAAAAAGUUAAAGCAGUUCAGUGUUCCAACAACGUUAUAUCUGAUCGAAUUCAUAAGAUUUCAGACCACAUUCCAGAUGAAUUAAUUUGUAGAUUGACGAACAGCAAGAUAUUUGCAAUUAGAUAUAGAAUACAAUUAGACGAAAGUACAGAUGUCAUCGGGCUAUCAAUAUUGCUUAUUUUUGUGAAACAUUCCUUCAGAUGA